UGGUAAAAAAUUAGUUUAAUCACACCAACAAUUAGAAAACUAUAAUCGAUUAAUUAAUCAACUGUCAAAACAAUCAAUUACUUCCUGAAUAUAUUAAUAUAAAGUAUUAGAACCAAAGGAAAUUGAAUGUAAAUUAAAACGAUUUAGAAAUCGUGAUUAAUUGUCAAAAGGAAAACUAAUCAGCCCCUUGGUAAAUUGUAUCAAAUUACAAUUAGGAUUAAGAGGCGGCUCCUUAAAUCACAAUUAACUUUAUUCUUGUAUAUUUACUAGAUCACGAUUAACAUUGGUCACAUUUACAACAAUCAGUUGGAAAGUUUUAAAUCAAUAGGAACAAUUAAUAAAUUGUCUUAGUGCUUGUUAUCCAAAGGAGAUCAUCUUGUCUGAUUGUUGUUUUUUUUGCUUGUGGGACUUUAAUUUGAUUGUUUGAUUGUCUCUUGUGAUGAGUAAAUCAAAUUGUCGACAAAAUCGGUUGGUUAAAUCAUCACAAUUAACGGUUCCAAUUGAAACGGGUAAAAAUGCUGCUCGUGAGCGAUCAAGAGUCCGAUCAUUGAGAUUAGCAUUCCAACAAUUACAACAAUCAAUUCCAACGAUCCCAGCGGACACUAAAUUAUCAAAAUUAGAUGUUCUUAUAUUAGCCACUGAUUAUAUUUCCCAUUUAACUAAUUUACUCAAUGAAAGUGAAUCAACCCAAUCAACAUCAACAGAAAAUUCAACCAAUUUGAUUGAAUGUAAAGAGACAAUGAAUGAAAAAAUUUUACAUCCAAUUAAGAAAUGGCCAAUGAGAUCUAGAUUAUAUGCUAAGCCUGAAAGUAACAAUUUAACAACUACAAUCAAUAAAACGUCAACGUUAACAACUCAGGCAACAUGUUCAACAAUUAACGAUUAUAUUGAUUGUUCAAGUGAUUAUAAUUGUUACCUUUUUGAUAAAAUUGAUCCAUUUAAAUGUGAUGAUUGGAACGGAAUUGAUUUGAAUAUGUUUUAUGAAGAUUUUAAUUCAUUAACAUCUUUCCCUAAU